UCCCUCUCGAUGUGUGUGUACACGUGUGUGUGUGUGUGUGUGUGUGUGGUCUCGAGAGGAGUCAGUCGAUCGACCAGCUAACCUUUGCAUAUGCGCCGUGUGGACGGCUCUGUCUGUGUGUGUGUGUGUGUGUGUAUGAUGCAUGCUGCGUACUGGGAAGGGAAAACGAUGGCAGCAGGCAGACAACAUGCAGGCUACAAGUGUGGAGGGGUGGUGGGUAGGUAGAUGGAAAGGAUCUGUCUUCCAUACCCUCCCUCCCCCACCCCCCCUCCCCUGCUCCUCUCUGAUACCCAACCACCCACACUGUGCCUGCCGGAGCAGAUAAGGGCAGUCGGCAGUGAGUAAGAAGCAAUGGGUUCAUGAGGCAAAUCGUCGAAAAAUCACUUAGUAGGAGCCGCAAACAUUUUCCACAUGCAUAUAUUCCAUCCAUCCAUCCUUCCACAAAGGCAUCGCUCUCUCUCUGCUGCUUGCUAGCAAAAGUGCUCGGCUGCCGAUACCGACAGUAUACCAUGAUAGGACGGACGUGCAGCCGAUACGUCAAGGACAUCACUGGUAAGAGCAAAGAGGUCAGCUUGAGGCCCUCUUUGCUCUGCCCCCUGACGCACCCGACGCAUCGAGCAUCAACACGCCCUACCGACCUGCCGUUUGUGAGCAGCACAGCCAUUUGAGUGCAAGGCUCAUGUCUGUCUGUCUGUGUUGCCACCCCGUCCGCCUACCCUCCCUCUCUGUGAUUGUGGAGCCCUCGUAUAUGUGAUGGGUGGCACACGAUCGCGUGGACAGAAGUAAAGUGAUUCGCCUCGGUCACGCCAUCCAGACGCACAGCCCAGCCCACCCAUCAUCACGAAAGCCCCAAUGUUCGUAGAGAAAAAGCGGUAGCAGCCAACACAACAUGUGGAUCUCUGUCUGUCUGGCUGUCUGUCUGUCUGUCUGGGUGAGAUGUCGCCACACACCAUCCCAUCGGCCGUCAUCAGCAGGCACACGAUACAGGUAGAAUGAACGGCCAAAGACGUGCAGGAACGCAGGAAGGCAAGGCAUGCACACACACACAAGACAAACCUAGCUCGGCACACACGCCCACUCACGCAGAGAAACCCUAUACACAGCAACCCUCCCCUCCCCGGCUCCCUCCCUCCCUCUAUCGUACCAACAGCCGUCAACCGUCUCCCUCUACUCAUCCCUUCGCCACCCCAGCGAGCUUCCGCAGCACCUGCAGGUCGCUGCGGAUCUCCUCCCCCGUCAGCACCACAUUCGCCGGCGGGCAGACAUAAAACCGCGUUGGUCUCUUGCCGGCAGAGCACUUGCCACGCCUCGCCCCACCACCACGGCCACGGCCACCGCCACCGCCCGGACGGUCAGGCAGGCUCACUCUCACGAACUCCUCGCCCUCCACCGUCACCAUGCGACGCGUGACGCGACGUCUCAGCGGGCCGGCGGACGGGGGCGGGGAAGGGGCGCUGUGUGUCUGUUUGGCGGGUUUGGUGGGUUGACCUGGUUUGGCGGGCUGCUUCUUGGCUUUGGGCGGUGGUCGGAGCACGCGAUUGUGUGUGAUGUCACGGGCGUGGCUGUGGGGCCGCCGUGGGCGCCACUCGCCGUCGGCAUCUCCCCCCUCAUUGCCGCCGCCGGCAUUGGCCAUCUCGAGCUUGCGGCGUCGCUUGAGCACGUCCAGGGGCACCUCGUCGCUGGUGUCGCCCUCCUCGCCACACACGGCUACAGCACCGCCUCCGCCACGACCGUUGCGCUCAUAUUUCGCCUCCGCCCUCCCGUCUGGCUGCUGCUGCUGCUGCUGGUGCUGAUGGUGUGUGCGCUUCUUGCGGUCUCUGCGGUUGGGUUUGCUGUUGCUGUUGGAUGGCUGCUGUUGCUGGUGCUGCUGUGGUUCUGACGGGGGGAGGGAGGGCAGCUCGUGGUCGAGAUUGUAUGGCGCACAGGGCAUGUUGCAGAGGGCGUGGCGGGUGGCGGAUGGUGACGGAGAGGGAGAGCGGUCCUCAACCUCCUCCCGCUCAACGACAACACUGAUCGACACACACGCAGAGAGACGAGGAGAGAGAGAAAUGGCCACUCUGAUCUGAUCCCUCCGUCGUGGGGGCGGGCGUUAGCUCUCUUUUCAACUCACUCAGAAACUGUAUGCGAUGGUGACGACUUCAGGACAAACCCAAUCACCCCCCCGGCCCCUCCCAAGCCCACAGGCUGCUGCACCAUCACAUUGCUGCUGCCGCCAUCGGUCUGCAUGUCCGCCACACGCGCCACCCUGGCCGCACCUAACAUCGGCACCCGCCCUCUACCGCUCUGCGCAAUCAGCCCCGCCAGGCUCUGCUUGGGCUCCUCCAGGGAGCGCUUGACGCUCUGCAUCCCUUCUUCGAAGAUCUGGAUGGUCGCCAUGAGCGCGCUGGCGCUGGGUGUCGUUUCGGUGCUGGUGCUGUGGGUGUAGGCAAAGGCCUUUGCGUGUGUGUGGUGCUGGUGCUGGUGCUGGUGCUGAGUCGUGUCGAUGGUCGUGGCCUGAUCCAUGGACGACUUGGGUGAGGGCUCUUUGGCGUCGAGGAUGCUGUCGCUGAAGUCGUGGCUGUUGGUCGGGGGGAGGAUGGGCAGGUUGAGGGGGAGGGG